UCAUCAUCAUCAUCAUCAUCAUCAUCAUCAUCAUCGUCGUCGUCGUCAUCGUGGAGCCGAUAGGGACCGGACAUGAGAAGUGAGUUGCCCGCCAUACCGCGUCGGAAGUGUGGUGUUCCAGUGUAUAGUGCUUUUUAAUGGAGCGUGCCGCCGACAUAUAAGCCGCUCUCGUCGUGUUUCUCGUUACUCGCAACAGGCGGAGUGUCGACAUCCACGACUUAAGAGAUGGUCAUCGUCACACGGGGAGAUUAUAUAUGGAUAGAACCAAUUUCCGGAAGAGAAUUUGACGUCGCGAUCGGAGCGCGAGUUAUUUCAGCAGAGGGUAGACGUAUCCAAGUAAAGGACGACGAUAAUAAGGAACAAUGGUUAACACCAGAGAGACGGAUAAAGGCGAUGCACGCCACCUCGGUACAAGGUGUAGAAGAUAUGAUCAGUUUAGGAGACCUCCAUGAAGCGGGCAUUCUGCGAAAUUUAUUAAUACGCUAUAACGAGAAUCUCAUUUACACGUACACAGGUUCCAUCCUGGUCGCUGUCAAUCCAUAUCAGAUACUGCCUAUUUAUACCGCGGAGCAAAUCAAACUCUACAAGGAUCGUAAAAUUGGGGAGCUGCCGCCUCAUAUAUUCGCCAUCGGCGAUAAUAGUUACGCGCACAUGAAUCGAUAUGGCCAGGAUCAGUGCAUAGUAAUUAGUGGCGAAAGUGGAGCCGGAAAAACCGAGAGCACAAAAUUAAUUCUGCAGUAUUUAGCAGCGAUCAGUGGAAAACAUUCAUGGAUCGAACAGCAAAUCUUGGAAGCUAAUCCGAUACUCGAAGCCUUUGGCAAUGCAAAAACCGUGAGAAACGACAAUUCUUCUCGUUUUGGCAAGUACAUCGAUAUUCACUUCAACGAGCAAGGUGUAAUAGAAGGAGCCAAGAUAGAGCAAUACCUUCUGGAAAAGUCACGAAUCGUAUCCCAAAGUUCAGACGAAAGAAAUUAUCACAUAUUCUAUUGUAUGUUAGCCGGUCUUUCGAGGGAAGAGAGGCAAAAGCUCGAACUGGAGGAUGCAUCUACGUACAAAUAUCUUAUAGGGGGUGGUGGCAUUACUUGCGAAGGACGUGACGACGCGGCCGAAUUCGCUGAUAUCAGAUCAGCUAUGAAGGUUCUACUAUUCUCCGAUACAGAAAUAUGGGAAGUACUCAAAUUGCUUGCAGCUUUGUUACACAUGGGCAAUAUAAAGUACAGAGCUACCGUCGUAGAUAACUUGGACGCUACGGAAAUAACGGAACAAACGAAUGUACAUAGGGUGGCAUAUCUAUUGGGAGUGCCUGGACAGUCUCUGAUAGACGCACUCACUCGUAGAACUAUAUUUGCACACGGUGAGACAGUAGUUUCCACGUUGUCGAGAGAUCAAUCGGUGGAUAUUAGAGAUGCGUUUGUGAAAGGUAUAUACGGCCGAUUAUUUAUACAUAUUGUAAAGAAAAUUAACGAGGCCAUAUACAGGCCGAAGAACAACUCCCGUAGCGCUAUAGGCGUAUUGGAUAUCUUCGGCUUCGAGAAUUUCAAUCACAAUAGCUUCGAGCAGUUUUGCAUCAACUAUGCCAACGAGAACCUGCAACAGUUCUUCGUUCAACAUAUAUUCAAACUGGAACAGGAGGAGUACAAUCAUGAAGGGAUAAAUUGGCAGCAUAUUGAAUUCGUCGACAACCAGGACGCUUUGGAUUUAAUAGCCAUCAAGCAACUUAAUAUUAUGGCGCUUAUUGAUGAAGAAUCGAAAUUUCCGAAAGGCACAGAUCAGACCAUGUUGGCGAAAAUCCACAAAACUCACGGCAGUCAUAGAAAUUAUUUGAAACCUAAAUCUGACAUCAACACGUCUUUCGGCCUGAAUCAUUUUGCGGGAGUCGUGUUUUACGACACGAGGAGCUUCCUAGAGAAAAAUAGGGAUACAUUCAGCGCGGACUUGUUGCAACUUAUUCACAUAUCGUCGAAUAAGUUUCUUCAAGCUUGCUUCAUCGAAGACAUCGGGAUGGGAUCGGAAACUAGGAAGAGAGCGCCUACAUUAUCGACGCAAUUCAAAAAAUCACUGGAUUCUCUUAUGAAGACCCUAUGCAGCUGCCAGCCUUUCUUCAUAAGGUGCAUUAAGCCGAACGAAUACAAAAAACCGAUGAUGUUCGAUCGAGGUCUUUGCUGUCGACAAUUAAGAUACUCCGGCAUGAUGGAGACCAUCAGGAUACGUCGAGCCGGUUACCCUAUUCGCCAUUCUUUUCACGAGUUCGUGGAAAGAUAUCGAUUUCUUAUCUCGGGUAUUCCACCCGCACACAAGGUGGAUUGUCGGGCGGCGACUUCAAAAAUCUGCCAUGCAGUGUUGGGUCGAUCGGAUUAUCAGCUUGGGCACACCAAGGUCUUCCUCAAGGAUGCUCAUGACCUGUUCCUCGAGCAGGAGCGCGAUCGCGUGUUGACGCGGAAGAUCCUGAUACUGCAGCGUAACAUUCGCGGCUGGGUCUACAGAAGACGGUUCCUGAAAAUGAGGACGGCGGCGAUGAUCGUGCAAAAGUAUUGGCGCGGCUACGCUCAACGUCAACGAUACAAACGCAUGCGAAUCGGUUACAUGCGGCUGCAGGCGCUCAUCAGGUCGCGCGUGCUGUCGCACAGAUUCAGGCACUUGAGGGGACACAUCGUCGCGCUUCAAGCGCGAGCCCGGGGCCACCUAGUGCGGAGGAUGUAUCAGAAGAAGUUGUGGGCUAUAGUGAAGAUACAGGCGCACGUGAGAAGACUAAUCGCGCAGAGACGGUACAAGAAGAUCAAAUACGAGUAUAGAUUACACGUGGAGGCGCUGCGAUUGCGAAAGAAGGAGGAACGCGAAUUGAAGGAUCAGGGUAACAAGCGAGCCAAGGAGAUCGCGGAACAAAAUUACAGGGAACGCAUGCAAGAGCUAGAGCGGAAAGAGAUUGAAAUGGAGCUCGAAGACAGACGACGAAUGGAGAUUAAGAAAAAUUUGAUCAACGACGCAGCCAAGAAACAAGACGAACCGGUUGAUGAUAGUAAACUAGUCGAGGCCAUGUUUGACUUCUUGCCAGACUCCAGCAGCGAGGCUCCGACUCCCGCGAGAGAAACGUCUGUAUUUAACGAUCUUCCUGCACCGAAAGCAGAUCAGCAGGAGAUAAUCAGCCCGAUUCAGAUGACCUCGGAGGACGAGGAGGAUCUAUCUGAAUUUAAGUUCCAAAAAUUCGCGGCCACAUAUUUUCAGGGCAAUAUCACGCACCAGUACUCGAGAAAGCCGCUUAAACAUCCGUUAUUACCGUUACACACGCAAGGUGACCAAUUGGCCGCUCAGGCUCUGUGGAUAACUAUACUUCGAUUUACGGGCGAUUUACCCGAGCCGCGAUUUCACACUAUGGACAGAGAUACAACCUCAGUAAUGUCGAAGGUGACGGCAACGCUCGGACGGAAUUUUAUAAGGAGCAAAGAGUUUCAGGAGGCUCAGAUGAUGGGUAUGGACCCUGAAACGUUCCUCAAACAAAAACCGCGCUCCAUCAGGCACAAACUUGUAUCGCUAACAUUGAAGCGAAAGAACAAGUUGGGUGAGGAUGUGCGAAGAAGAUUGCAAGAGGAUGAAUAUACCGCCGACAGCUAUCAAUCCUGGUUAGAAGCCAGACCUACGUCGAACCUCGAAAAGCUGCACUUCAUCAUCGGUCAUGGUAUAUUGCGUGCCGAAUUGCGGGACGAAAUAUAUUGCCAGAUCUGCAAACAACUGACCAACAAUCCCUCCAAAUCGUCACACGCACGAGGCUGGAUUUUGCUGUCCCUCUGCGUUGGUUGUUUCGCGCCUUCGGAGAAAUUUGUCAAUUACUUGCGAGCUUUUAUCAGAGAGGGACCGCCCGGUUACGCGCCCUACUGCGAGGAUAGAUUGAAGAGAACCUUUAACAACGGUACGCGCAAUCAGCCACCGAGCUGGCUGGAACUUCAAGCUACAAAGUCGAAGAAACCUAUCAUGUUGCCCAUCACUUUCAUGGAUGGUAACACAAAGACGCUGCUGGCCGAUUCGGCCACCACUGCCAGGGAAUUGUGCAACCAACUCUCCGAUAAGAUCUCGUUAAGGGAUCAGUUCGGCUUUUCCCUGUACAUCGCCCUGUUCGACAAGGUGUCGUCCUUGGGCAGCGGCGGCGAUCACGUGAUGGACGCGAUUUCUCAGUGUGAGCAGUACGCGAAAGAGCAGGGUGCUCAGGAACGAAACGCUCCCUGGAGAUUGUUCUUCAGGAAGGAAAUUUUCGCGCCUUGGCACGAGCCGACCGAGGAUCAAGUGGCCACGAAUCUGAUUUAUCAGCAAGUGGUGCGCGGCGUCAAGUUCGGCGAAUAUCGCUGCGACAAAGAGGAGGAUUUGGCAAUGAUCGCGGCGCAGCAAUAUUACAUAGAGUAUCACACCGAUAUGAACGUCGACCGAUUGUACACCCUUCUGCCCAAUUACAUACCGGACUACUGUCUAACGGGAAUUGACAAAGCGAUCGAUCGAUGGGGGCACCUCGUCUUGCAGGCGUACAAGAAGAGUUAUUAUUUGAAGGAGAAAGUACCAACGUUACGCGUUAAAGAGGACAUAGUCAGCUACGCGAAGUUCAAGUGGCCUUUGUUGUUUUCUCGUUUUUACGAAGCUUAUAGAAACUCUGGACCGAAUCUACCGAAGAACGACGUUAUCAUAGCCGUCAACUGGACCGGAGUAUAUGUCGUCGAUGAUCAGGAGCAGGUGCUCCUGGAGUUAUCUUUCCCUGAAAUUACCACCGUAUCUAGUCAAAAAACAAACAAGAUGUUUACACAAACAUUCAGUUUGUCAACGGUACGAGGAGAAGAGUUCACAUUUCAAAGUCCAAACGCGGAAGACAUUCGCGAUUUAGUGGUGUAUUUCCUGGAAGGACUGAAGAAGCGCAGCAAGUUCGUCAUAGCUCUGCAGGAUUACAAACCGCCGAGUGAGGCCUCGUCGUUCCUGAACUUUCAAAAAGGCGACCUCAUCGUUCUUGAAGAUGAGAGCACCGGCGAGACGGUACUCAAUUCAGGCUGGUGUAUCGGGGCCUGUGAGAGGACCGGUGAAAAGGGUGACUUUCCAGCUGAAACGGUCUACGUGUUACCUUCCUUAACAAAACCACCCAAUGAUAUAUUGGCUUUAUUCAGCAUUGAAGGCACGGAAAAUACCCGCAGACUCUAUCCGCAGCAGAUAAACGGCGUGGAUUCGCGCGACAAGCCUCACACUCUUCUAGAAUACGCAAUUGAUCAUUUCCGAACACCACCAAAGAGAACGAUGUCCAAGACGCUGACUUUGACAUCCGCGCGACGUGGUCACACGGACGAGUUAUGGCAUCACUCCAGAGAACCGUUGAAGCAACCGCUUCUGAAGAAACUCGUCUCCAAGGAAGAACUGACUGAAGAGGCAUGCUUUGCUUUCAAUGCCAUUUUGAAAUAUAUGGGGGAUCUGCCGACAAAACGGCCACGUAUUGGCAACGAAUACACAGAUCUGAUCUUCGAUGGACCGUUGAAGAAUGAGAUUUUACGAGAUGAAAUUUACUGCCAGAUCAUGAAGCAGCUCACCGAUAAUCGCAACAGAUUGAGCGAAGAGCGAGGGUGGGAAUUAAUGUGGCUCGCCACUGGACUGUUUAUUUGCAGUCAAAGCCUUAUGAAGGAAUUAACUUUGUUUCUACGUACAAGACGCCAUCCUAUAUCUCAAGACUCUUUACAAAGACUGCAGAAAACUUUGCGCAAUGGUCAACGGAAAUAUCCGCCGCAUCAAGUGGAAGUGGAAGCUAUUCAGCACAAAACCACGCAAAUAUUUCACAAGGUCUACUUUCCAGACGAUACGGAUGAGGCGUUCGAGGUUGACUCGUCUACUAGAGCGAAAGACUUUUGCCAAAACAUCGCGCAGAGACUCAACCUGCGAUCAGCGGAAGGUUUUAGCUUGUUUGUUAAGAUUGCCGACAAAGUCAUUUCUGUCCCAGAAGGAGAUUUCUUCUUUGACUUUGUACGACAUUUGACUGACUGGAUCAGAAAAGCCAGACCAUCGCGAGAUGGAGUUAUGCCACAAUUCACAUAUCAAGUCUUCUUUAUGAAGAAGCUUUGGACAAAUACAGUUCCCGGUAAAGAUAGAAAUGCCGAUUUAAUUUUCCACUUCCAUCAAGAACUUCCCAAGUUGCUAAGAGGCUAUCAUAAAUGUAUGAAGGAAGAAGCCUCGAGAUUAGCAGCUUUGGUGUACAGAGUACGAUUCGGCGAAAGUAAACAAGAAUUACAAGCAAUCCCGCAAAUGUUAAGAGAACUCGUACCAGGUGAUUUGAUCAAGAUACAGAGUUUUAACGAUUGGAAGAGAUCGAUAAUCGCUGCUUAUAAUCAAGAUGCUGGCAUGAGUCCGGAGGAUGCAAAAAUCACAUUCUUAAAAAUCGUUUAUCGAUGGCCAACGUUCGGUUCUGCGUUUUUCGAAGUGAAACAAAGCACGGAACCAAACUAUCCUGAAUUACUAUUAAUCGCCAUCAACAAACACGGUGUUAGUCUAAUACAUCCUCAAUCAAAGGACAUAUUGAUUACACAUCCCUUUACGAGAAUCUCCAAUUGGUCGUCCGGGAACACCUACUUCCACAUGACGAUAGGAAACCUCGUGCGAGGUUCGAAACUCUUAUGCGAAACCUCGCUGGGUUAUAAAAUGGACGAUCUUUUGACUUCCUACAUUUCGCUAAUGCUCACGAACAUGAACAAGCAACGCACGAUACGAAUCAAAUAAAUAUGAAAGUAAUUUCGGUAAUAUUUUGCGUUCCUCGAUCAUUUUUAGAUUUAUUUUUUUUACAAGCAUAUUUUAUCAUCAAUUAACACACACAGAACUAUCCAAUAUUGUCUCAUCAAUUUUACUUCCAUCUGAUUAAACACGAGAAAUUAUUUAAAUUUAUCUCUUUCACGUAUUUAUAAGAUAUUCGUUAUUGUUCAUGUUACAUUAUCAUAUAUACAACGUAAACAUUCUUUAUGCAAGUAUCAUUUAUAUAUUAUGCUAUAUAAUUUAUAUAAAAUAUAUAGAAAUCAUGAUUAUAUUUACCUGUCAAUUUCACGAAAGAAAAUUUAAAUAUUAUAUAAUUUGUAAUAAAAGAAAUAUACAAACUAUGUAUGUACACAAGUUGUGUUAGUCGAACAAUUUGUACAUGAUUUACUUACAGUUAAAAACAUAAUAGUUUUUGUAUAAAAUAUUAUAUUUCUAUAUAUAUUUUAAUUAUUAUUAGUGAACCUUGUGUUCAAACUCAUAUUAUUUUAAAGCACUUUCGUGCGCGUUAAGGUUCCUGGAUCUUCGUCACGGCCACGUUGAAUCGUGACGUCAGAGAUGAAAAAGCACACGCUGAAAAUUCUUGAUGCCAUUUUUAAAUGAAAAAAUAUUUCAGAUGAUUUUAGCACACUUUUAAAAUACAUCGAAAACUAUUCUUUUCCCUUGAUAAUCUGAGAAUUUUUAGCGUGCGUUUUCUCGCUUCUGACGUCACAAUUCCAAUAUGAUCGGUGAAUAACCAAGAAUCUUAAUAUAAUACGGGCAUAAAUAGCGGUUAUAAGUAUAUGAUUUUUAUUUAAGAAUAAUGCAAUAAAAAAAAUUUGUAAUAACUGUGCGCAUCUAUAUAGGAUAAUGAAAAUAAUCAGAAUAUAUACUGGAAAUCUGGAAAUAUUGGAAAACUGUCCGAAUAUAUACGAAUUCGUAAAUAACGUGGAUCAAAUUUUCAGAAAUUCACAAAUUUAUAGAGAAUAUAUAAAUAUAACAAACUGAUGCGGUUUAUAAUAUAAUAAAUAUCUCAAAUAUAUCGCUUUGUCUAUAUACGGAGUAUUUUUUUUCGAAACAAAGAAGCCUCAUAUAAGAAUGUAAUUAAUUCGCUUUUAUAAUUGCGAAUAAAAAACGACUAUGUUCUCUGCA